UUAUAGCCGCAGGUUAUCUUUUCCCUUCUCCGGCUGUUCGUUGCUCGCCUCCUUCGACGACGCUCAUCCCUGUCGGAUCCGAAGUCAGUCCUUGCUGUUCUUCUUUAGGAUCGGAAGUAACAACGGGAGCUUCGCAAUUAGCCAUAUUUCUUCCUUUCGCGCGCUUCUUUGGCCAAAUCCGCCGAACUCCCGCAUUUUGUAAAUCAGGGAUUUACGACAAAAAAGAGGGAAACGGAGGAUUUAACUGGCUGUGAGAUUUAACAGUUCCCUAAAUCCUGUUUGGCAGGCUCAAAUCCUACAUUAAUCCUGUAUCCAAACAGCAUUUUUUUCGCCUGUUGGCAUCUCUUUCAACGCCCAUGGUGUCCUCGUCCUCCCCAAAGCUUUUAUUUCGGCGGUUGCUAGCUGGGAGGUCUCUCCCUUCUAUGGUUCCACGUUCUCUCUCCUCUACCUCGUCUUUUUUCUUCUCAUCUCCAGUUCUUCCUUCUGCCACGGCUUUCUAUUGCAUCCGAAGAGCUGACCUCUUGUUAUGUGAGUUCCCCAGCGUUUCUAGUAGGUUAGCUUUCUUCUGCUCGCAUCCUUCUCAGAUUGAUGAGGAAGCAGGCCCGGCCGCUAUUGAUUACCAAAUGCUCGUGUCAGAAGAUGAGUUUCACAGGGUAGCGGAUUCGACUUUAUAUAAUCUGCAGGAAAAGUUUGAAGAAUAUGGUGAUUCAAUCCAGAGUGAUGGUUUUGACAUUGACUUUGGGAAUCAGGUUUUGACACUGAAGCUUGGUAACUUGGGCACCUAUGUGAUUAACAAGCAAACACCAAAUAGGCAAAUUUGGUUAUCUUCACCUGUGAGCGGGCCAUCUCGAUUUGAUUGGGACCAGACACAUAAAGCCUGGGUGUAUCGACGGACAAAAGCAAACUUAUUGAGUCUUCUUGAGGAUGAAGUUGAAUCACUCUGUGGUAAGCCAAUCACUCUUUCCUGAACCAAACCAAAAUUGAAAUCCUCCAUUGUCCUGGUAAAGAAAAAGAUCCUUAUAUUUGUAGAACAACUGAGCAGUGAGCUUUAUAAAAAUACCCUUGCAGUUAUGUAGUUUUUCAAUUUUGUAAAUUAAAAGAAAAAUAUAGAGUUCAUAAGUUCCAAAUGCAGAUAUGCAAUCCAGUUUUGUAAUACUAUUGAUCUCAACAGCCUUAGAAUAUCCUAAUUUUGUUUUUUGUGAGAAUAUGACAAAUGGUUUUGCUCA